AUGACGCUAGAAGAAAAGGUUAACCGUGCUGCCGCAUUUACCGCGAGUUUUGUGCCUGAACGCGACGCACUAAAGGUUCCUUUUUAUGCUGCUGAAAUUGAGCGAGUUGCUGCUGAAUACGACGGAGUGCAACAAUUCAUCGAAAAUGGCGUUGCACCGGAGGAACGCGCGCUUGAGAGUCAGUCCAGGGCCAUGAUGGAGGAUACCAUAAUGGCCGUGCGGGCAAGCCUUCAGGGUUUGAUGCCAUUAACGCAUCCUGCUGCUGCAACUACUAGCCAACACCCAGCCGCGGAAAUAAGGCUGCCAAGAAUUUCGCUGCCUGAGUUCGAUGGUGACGAAAUGAAGUGGGGUGCUUUUAAGGAUACUUUCGAGGCGCUCAUUCAUAAAAGUACCGAGGUGCUCGAUAUUCAAAAGUUCCACUACCUGCGGGCAGCUUUGAAGGGAGAAGCUGCCAAGCUGCUCGAUUCCAUUCCAUUGCGGGCAAAAAAUUAUCCAAUUGCAUGGAAAACGUUGGUCGAACGACAUGCCAACGAGUAUUUGCAGAAAAAGAGACACCUGCAAGCCAUGUUUAACAUAUCGAAAGUGCAGAAGGAAUCGCACGCAGCGCUUCACAAAUUAGUGGACGAGUUUGACAAUCACGUGAAAAUGCUCCACCAGCUCGGAGAGCCAACUGAUAAGUGGAGCACUAUUCUGGAAUACGUGCUUUGUCUGAAGCUACCGGAAGAGACGCAGAAAACUUGGGAAGAUCAUGCAUCUACGGUCGAGACGCCGGAUUGCGCAACGCUAAUAGAUUUCCUACAAAGAAAGAUGAGAAUAUUAGAAUCUCGAUGA